AUGCAGUGGAUAAUGCACGACUGGAGCGACGAGGAUUGUGUCAAGAUAUUGAAAAACUGUCGAAAAGCAGUACCAGAGAAGACCGGGAAAGUGAUCAUUAUAGAUGUGGUUUUGAAUCCAGAAGGUGAUGGCCUGUUUGACAACACUGGUUUGGUGUUUGAUCUUCUGAUGAUUGCUCACAGCUCGGGCGGAAAAGAAAGGACUGAACCCGAAUGGAAGAGGUUGCUGGAGGAUGGAGGCUUCCCGCGCUACAAGGUCAUCAAAAUUCCGGCCUUUCCAUCCAUCAUCGAAGCCUAUCCAGAAUACAGAAUUGUGGACAUAUUGGAGAAUGCUAAUGAAGUGUGUGAAACCCAUAUCAGAGUGUUAGAAUCUAAAGCAAUGAGGAUCAGAGUCCAAAACCCCAUGGCAAAUUGGCACCCAAUGAUGCACCGAACAAACAAAAUUGUUGGAUCAGUCAAGCUACUUUGGUGCUACCAUUUGUCCUAA